CACACACAUCCCGGCGCGCUGAAAGCCGACAAAGUUUAGUUUGGAUGUACUCACGGAAAGACUGCACACGGGAUUUUGCGAGGGGGGAACGUCAACGGACAAGGUUUGGAAUAACGUAACCAAAGGGCGGUCAGUGUCUCUGUGUUUGGGUGUGAAAAAAACGUCCAUGUGCUGCUUCGGUGCUCGGGCACACCCAACACUAACUUCAACACAGGAACUGAAUGAGCCACGAGAAGAGGAGUCGCGGGCCAAUUGUGAGGGUAUAAGGCAGGAGGUAACCUCAACGCAGUGAUGGCAGACUCCGGAGAGGACUAUGGAAACUACAGCUAUGACUACAUGGAGUACGGUGACAUGGAAGAACUUCAAGUAGACCAGAAGCAAGGAGAGGCGAUGCACAUUAUCUCAGUGAUCAUCUAUGUUGUUUCGUUUGUGCUGGGCCUGAUUGGAAACGGAAUUGUCAUUUGGGUGACGGGAUGCAAGAGCAAAAGAACUGUUAACAGCGUUUGGCUGCUCAAUUUGGCACUAGCCGACUUUGUCUUUGUGCUCUUCCUCCCCUUCUACAUCGAUUACAUCCUGCGGGACUUCCACUGGGGCUUUGGUGUGGCCAUGUGCAAGAUUAAUUCCUUUGUGUCGGUGAUGAACAUGUACGCGAGUGUUCUGUUCCUUACAGUGCUCAGUAUUGACAGAUACGUGUCGCUGGUCCAUCACAACUGGUCUCAGAGGUGUCGAACUGUAGCUAGAGCCUGGAUGGUAAGUGUCAGCGUGUGGGCUAUAGCUGCCGCCAUGAGCUGCCCUGCGCUCAUCUUUCGGGAUACAGUGCGCUUACAUAACAAAGUGGUAUGCUUUAACAAUUUCCAUUCAAAGGAUGAACGCUCAGCAGCUGUAAGUCACAUUCUGAUAGUCUCCAUCCGUACCACAGUGGGCUUCCUCCUGCCAUUCUCUGCUAUAUGUGUGACCAGCAUCCUUCUGACCGUGAGAGUCACUCAAUCUCAAGGCUCCGUUCGUCUGUCUAGCUUCACUAAAACAGUCUCCGCCAUGAUCCUGGCCUUCUUUUUAUGCUGGGCUCCUUUUCACAUCUUUAGCCUGAUGGAGCUAUCUAUACAUUCCUCACUCUAUCUACAUAACGUACUUAAAAUGGGUUUUCCUCUGGCCACCAGCUUAGGCUUUUUCAACAGCUGCAUUAACCCGCUGCUCUAUAUGCUGCUGGGAAAAAAGGUCCGUCACAUUCUGAAACGUGCAUGCCUGGACAUAACUAAAAGCUCCCUGAGAGAACUCAGCCAAUCUGUCUCGGCCACUGAGAUAGAGUCUCUGCCAGUGGCCCCUCAGGACCACAACAGUGCUCCAGAGGAACCUGUGGCGUCAUCAACUCUGUGAUUGUUGUUGGAGACAUCAAAAAGACAGGCUAUUAUCACCUUCCAACAAUUACCAUUCCAUCUGAGUUAGGUGUUUCCCUACUCUAUGUAAUUUGGAGGUAUUUGUGUCUUCAAACAACAAUUAAUCUCUUUCAGUACAAAGAAACUCUAUGGACUAUCUUUACAUUGGGUUUUACAAUUGUCAAACACAGAUGAGACAUUUGAAGGAGUAUUAAAAUGAAAAAACAAAUGUCUGCCCCAAAAGUUUGUCUCUUGAGAUCUGCCAUAUCUUAAAGAAGACCUUUUAUGCAAAACCAACUUUUUUUACAUUACCUGUUGAUACCUGUUUUUUGUAUUUGGGAUCCCCAUGAGUGCCGGAAAUUCGAAAUCAAAACAUGGAGGCAUGGCGGACAUAUUUACAAAACAAUCUUGCUUUCUUCAAAACUUGCUCAAAACGAGUCUUUGGAAUUUGAGACUUUAGUGACAUAUUUUGUCUUAGUUACGUCAGCAGUUAUCUACAUAUAUGGCAGAGGUUUACACGAAGAGCUUUGCACGAGUCCGUCAUUUUCCAGUUCCUUAUUUUUCUCUAUUCUCUUGUUGUGGGGCAGACCAGCCCAUACAUGCACAUGGAUGCUAAAAUCCUCCGCUGUUACCAUUUCUGAUAAAAAGUAGCGUGUAUGGUUCUGAUUAUAUCUGUCAGUAGACUUGAUAUAAAGUGCUAAAACUACAACAUGGCCAACAAGGUAGAGAAGCAGUCAAAGAGGGCUUGGUCUGGAGGACUUCGGCACGUUAAUAAGACUGCCCACAAAACGACGAAUUAUGUGUUAUGUAGACGACAGGGAAGUGUUUUAAAUGUAGGGGGAAAAAAUCAUAAUAAGACCCCACUACUCAAAAGCAACAAAAUGGACUAUUUCAGUUUGGGUAGUUGUGUCACCUUGAAUAGACAAAUGUUUGCACAAUAUUUAUCCAUCCAUCCAUCUUCUUCCGCUUAUCCGAGGUCGGGUCGCGGGGGCAGCAGCCUAAGCAGGGAAGGCCAGACUUCCCUCUCCCCAGCCACUUCGUCCAGUUCUUCCCGGGGGAUCUCGAGGCGUUCCCAGGCCAGCCGGGAGACAUAGUCUUCCCAACAUGUCCUGGGUCUUCCCCGUGGCCUCCUACCGGUCGGACGUGCCCUAAACACCUCCCUAAGGAGGCGUUCGGGUGGCAUCCUGACCAGAUGCCCGAACCACCUCAUCUGGGUCCUUUCGAUGUGGAGGAGCAGCGGCUUUACUUUGAGCUCCCCCGGAUGACAGAGCUUCUCACCCUAUCUCUAAGGGAGAGCCCCGCCACCCGGCGGAGGAAACUCAUUUCGGCCGCUUGUACCCGUGAUCUUGUCCUUUCGGUCAUAACCCAAAGCUCAUGACCAUAGGUGAGGAUGGGAACGUAGAUCGACGGGUAAAUUGAGAGCUUUGCCUUACGGCUCAGCUCCUUCUUCACCACAACGGAUCGAUACAGCGUCCGCAUUACUGAAGACGCCGCACCAAUCCGCCUGUCGAUCUCACGAUCCACUCUUCCCUCACUCGUGAACAAGACUCCGAGGUACUUGAACUCCUCCACUUGGGGCAGGGUCUCUUCCCCAACCCGGAGAUGGCACUCCACCCUUUUCCGGGCGAGAACCAUGGACUCGGACUGAUUGUGGCACAAUAUUUAUAAACCGCUUAAAUUGAUGGUAAUCUAAUUAUUUAUGUGCAAAAACACUGAAUAUUCUAUUUGUGAAACUGACUGUAUACAAAAGUGUAACUUUGCAAGAUUCCAACAGCAACCACGCUCGCGACUAUCCUUUUAACAGUAUGACUUUUUUUUCUCACAAGAUGCAUCAUUUUGACUUAUACUCGUAAAAUGAUGUUUGGACGUUAUUCUUAUUGUGUUUUUUGCUUGUUUCCCAGCCUGGCCGUAACACUCCUUUGUAUGAAUAUUAAACUGAGAUAUCAUUUAUACCAGAGUAGUCUGUGUACAGCGUAUAUAACAGUAUACAUUCCACUGAAAACGAGUCAACCUGCAGCCAUUAUUGUUUAAAUUACUAGCAACAUAAGUACCAAUAAGUACGGUCAUAGUUAGGGGUGACAUGAGUGCCUUUGGCACUGUGGAGAUGUGGUUCAAACAUGAAUUUGAAUGUGCCAUGUGACAUUCUGAGUUGGAUCAUGAUCCCUUCACUUUGGAAAUUGGUAUGGUGGAUGUGAUGAUAAGGAAAACAAACCUUAUUGAGGAAGAUGACAGUCGCCAAAAAUAAUAAGAAACUAAGUAAAAUGUUUAUAACAAUAAUACUCUUGAACAAAAAUAUCAAACUUUGGGCACACUUUGGACACGUUCACUGUGAGGUGUACCUACUUAGACAGGUUGUUAUAUUUCAGAGGAUAGUAAAUCCUAUACUGUACUCUUAAGUUAUCUACCAAUUGAAUUUACACAGUUUUGUAAUAAAAUGGUCCUUGAAAUGUGAGGGAUGUACUCACUUUUGUGAGAUUCUGUACAUAAUCUGUGGGAUAGUAAAAUGAAAUAUAGAAUCUGACAUUAUUUGCAGCGACCAUUAAGGGAUUUCAAAAUGUGUUUUUGAGAGUUGUUCUUUUUUCGUUCUAAAGGAAAAGAUGUUUUAUACAGUUAUGUAAUUGAAGUAGAAUACACAAUUUACGGUAUUGUACUAAUGAAUACUUGCUGCUAAAGGUAUUAUUGUAAAUCCACAUAUAUUCAAUUUUUUUAUUCUAACUAAAAAUACUUAAUA